GUUGAUUUGAUAGAUUCGAAUUUCGAAAUACGUUAACAUAACGUUUGUUCUAUGGCUUUGUCGUGUUAUUUUCAAUUAAAACGAGUUUUCUUUGUGAUUUCUAGAAAUUGUUGAGAGCCUUUAUUUACAGGAAAUCAAGAUUCGUAGCUUCUAUUGGUGUACUUACAGAGAAGUUAACAUUCUGUGAUCUAGUAUUAUUUUAGCCAAAACAGUUGGCGCACAAAUUGGUAUAAUGUCCCGAGAUAUCUAUUAUUCCGACAAAUAUUAUGAUGAAGAACACGAAUAUAGACAUGUGGUGUUGCCCAAAGAAAUGGUCAAAUUGGUACCUAAAAACCAUUUGAUGUCAGAGCAAGAAUGGCGCAGUAUUGGGGUCCAGCAAAGCCAAGGAUGGAUACAUUACAUGACACAUCAACCAGAGCCACACAUCCUUCUAUUCAGGAGAAAGAAAACUACACCACCAGAAAAAAAGUAAAACUUGUCUCUGCAGGUUGUGGUUGAGUGUAAAUGUAUAGUAGGGGAAUGGAUUCACCCAAACAGCUGAGACUUUUGAUAUAUUUAAGCAUCAUGUAAAUUGUCAUUUCAUUUUUUGUUUGUGGUUGCCAUUGGGGUUGUGACAUCAUGAAGGCCAGCAUAUAAAAUGAAUCUUAAAAUUUUGAAGAUUUGGCAACGAUUUUAUUACAGACCUCCUAGUCUCAUGUCAACCCUCAGCAAUAAUGUUGUUGCCUAUCAGUUGCUAAGGUUUACAUGUUCCUUUAGUUGCCUCAUACAACAUUCAAGGGACAAUGUGGAGUGGUCAUAUUUUGUAUGUACAUACAUACAAAAUUAUUUUGUUUAAAUGGCUGAAAUACAUAUUUCAGCCAUUUAAAUUAUAUGUAACUGUAUUUAGAAGAAAGCUGUUUGGAUGUGAUAAAUCCACUAGUUUUAAUUUAGUUUAAGGUUGGCCCAUGACAAACUACCUACAUGCCAUAGUUUUGUGAUGAAAUGACAAUAUUGUAAAUAAUCUUGACUUUGCCACAACAUAUGUUUACAUGUCCUUUUAGUUUAUUCUGCUCAAAUAAUUAACUUUUGUAUGCGGUUGAGAACCCAUGAAGUAAGGUUUUAUAAUUAAACAUCUUUGGUUUUGUUUUGGACAACAGAUCUUCAUUCCGUAAUUUAAUUUUCUUUGCAUAUAAUUUAGUCAUUAUCAUUUAAGAGUUGUGAAAAUUAACAUAUUAUGAUAAGGCCUUAUGACUAAAUAUUUAUCAUCAAUUUUUCAUCUGGUGAUAGAAUGUGUCAGUGCCUAAACAAAUGAAUGCCUUAAUUGACAAAUUGAAUGAUAAAAAAAGACAGUUUGUCCUGAAGCGAAGAAUCAGGAUCAGUAAUUGACUCCAUAUUUGUCUCUCCAAUCGUAUUUGAAUUUACGCUAGGUAAGAUCACUGACUUUUUCUAAAAAUAAUUUUAAAAAUAAUAGGUUUUGGCAGGAGACAUCUUUACUAUCGAGUAAACGCAGACACUUUGAGAGUAUCGACUCUCAAAGCGUCUGUGCUUAUGUGUUGUGAAUCCCAAAAUGAAAUAAUAUUAAAAAACACUGAUAUGAGGCAGAUAUUUGCAGUCUGUUACUUAUCUAUAUAGCCCUUAGUAGUAAUAGUGAUUAAUAAUAGUGUUAAAUAUCGUAAUUGAAUUAUAUGUACAUGUUAUUGUUGAUAUUAUCACUUUAGCAUUUCACUACAGUGCCUUUCGUGACUCUUCUGUGAAUUUUUUUAGUAUAAAAUAUAAUGUUCAUGGCAUUUUGUGUCUCUUUUGACACUAAACGCCACUUGUUGACAACACAAGUUAGCAACACACCUAUGUGCUUGAAUUAAACUAAAACAAUUUUUGGUUCAGUUUAAAUUAGUAUGUUAUGGUUGCUAAUUAAACACACUAAAUUGUCAGUUAAAUAAUUAUAUAUGCAUACCUACAUAUUACAAAAAGAAGUAGGUAUGCAAAUACAUUUUUCCAUAAACGACUUAACUAUAUAUAUACCACGGGCAAUGAGUUAAGUUUUAAAGCUGUAUGCAUUGGCUGUAUGUCGACAUUUUUAAUAAUUGACUAAUGUUAUUCAUUUGUAAAUAGUUCUAACGAAUAUUAUCAAUUAGCAUCAAUGUGGUGUUUGAAUAAUGAAUCUGAAUCAAAUAAAUUGUUUGGUGCUAUGUU